AUGGCGAAACCAGCCCAACUCAAAGAAGAGGGCAACCGCCGCUUCCAAGCAGGCGACUACGUGAUGGCCGAAGCCCUCUACUCCCAAGCCCUCAUCUCCGACCCGCACAACCCCACCCUCUACACCAACCGCGCCAUGGCGCGACUCCGCCUCUCGCAAUGGGACUCGGCCGUGGCCGACGGCACGGCGUGCCUACAGCUCGCCCCCGACAGCAUGAAAGCGCACUACUCGCUCUCGCAAGCGCACCUGGCACUCCGAGCGCACGACGACGCGUUGCGGCACGCGCUGCGGGCGCACGCGCUGUGCGUGGCGGGGGGCGCGGCCGAGCACAAGAGCCUGGGGCCGAUCACGACGCACGUGUUAAGGUGCAAGAGGGAGCGGUGGGAGGAGCUGGAGAGGAGGCGGGUGCGGGAGUUGGGGGGGUUGGAGGGGGAGGUGUUGGGGUUGUUGGAGAGGGGGCGGGAGGAGGCGGUUAGGGAGGCGGAGAGGGAGGCAGAAGGGGAGGAGGGCGGGGUGGGGUUGGGGGAGGAGGGGAGGCGGGAGAUCGAGGAGGAGUGGAGGGGGAAGGUGGAGGCGAUGAAGGCGGUGUUUGAGAAGGCGAGGCCCGAGGGGGAGAGGAGGAGGGAGGUGCCGGAUUGGGCGGUGGAUGAUAUUAGUUUUUGUGUGAUGGUGGACCCGGUUAUUACCAAAACCGGCAAAUCCUACGAGCGCGCGUCCAUCGUCGAGCAUCUGCGCCGGCAGCCGCAGGAUCCAUUGACUCGGGAACCACUAUACCCGUCCGAGCUAAGGCCGAACCUCGACCUCAAGCAAGCCUGCGAGGAGUUUUUGGAGCAGAACGGCUGGGCGGCAGACUGGUAG